UUGAGACCCUUUUAAAGGUCAUCCUUGUGCCUUUAGUCUUAAUUACAUAGAUAGUAAAGUCAUAAAACCAACCAAGAAAGUAGGGUCCUAUAUUUUUUGAGAGGUUAUUUUAUAUUAUAAGAGAACCUCAAACAAAAUUCAUUCAUUCAACCAAAUCACUGGGUGUCCUAUAACCAUAUCUGUUUUUCUCCAUCUUUGUUCUUUCGUUUAUAUCAUUCAAGAUCAUAGAUCUUGACCAAAACCCAAAUACAUUUCCUUUUGUAAUAAAACCAACAAAGGUUUAAAUCAUUCUCUUUGUAAUUUCCUUUAUUUCAUUAUUACUAGCUCUAUCUCAUCCAAGAAAUGGACUCCGUAGAACUACAAAGAAUUUUUCAAAUGUUUGAUCGUAACGGAGACGGAAAUAUUACAAAAAAGGAGCUUAGCAUCUCGUUACAAAACUUGGGAAUACACAUUGAGGAGAAAGAACUUGUCCAUAUGAUCGAAAAAAUAGACGUAAACGGAGACGGAUACGUAGACAUAGAUGAAUUUGGAAGAUUGUACAAGACUAUCAUGGACGAGAAGGAUGAAGAAGAGGAUAUGAGAGAAGCUUUUAAUGUGUUUGAUCAAAAUGGUGAUGGAUAUAUUACAGUGGAAGAAUUGAGGUCAGUUUUGGGUUCACUAGGGUUGAAACAAGGCAAAACUUUAGAAGAUUGUAAGAGGAUGAUAAUGAAAGUGGAUGUGGAUGGUGAUGGAAUGGUUGAUUUCAAGGAAUUUAGACAAAUGAUGAAAGGGGGUGGAUUUGCUUCCUUGAACUCAUGAAUUUUAUGACAUGAAAAAUGGAAAAGAAAAGGAUAUAUAACUAGUGCUACCCUUUUUGUAACAUGUGGAUUUUGAAUGAAUCAAUGCAUGUCAUAUUUCUUCAAUCUUGA